GCAAACUGAUCACGGCAGCCACGGUGCUGGAUGCUUUCCCAUGGGGUGCCCGGAGCUAGGUGGAACGUGCAGGCUGCGCCUUCCAGAACCUUGCAGACGCUGAGACUAGGUCAGCAGCUGACCCUCCUGCCGGAGCAUGGGCUGUCCGGAUUUUGUCGUAGCUGGAGAGGCACUGCGUGUACGGCGCUAUUUGCUGGUGUAGCCAGAUCUUCCGUGCGCGGUAUGAAGGCAGCUUCAGGCGACAAAGAUGUCGGUGCACCUGACAGACCAGGUGGAUUGUCCAAAUUCCGAGAGCUGCAGAGUGUGGGAUACCCAGAUCUGAAAGUGCCCGUGAUCCUCUUCCCAGUGGAAGAUUUGCUGUUGCCCGGGCGCAGAAAGCGGAUGCACCUCUUUGAACCUCGCUGGGUUUCAAUGGUGGAGUUCUCCCUGAAGACGUGUGAAGGUAUUUUUGGCAUGCUCUACUUUGACGACGGAGAGCUUUUCCCAGUGCUUUCCCUCGUGGAGAUCAUGUCUUGCAACAACCUGGAAAGCCAGGGCCGGAUAGUCCAAGUCCGUGCAGUUGGGCGUGCAAGGCUGAAAGGCUUGACAGAGGAGGUUAUAUCCGCUAUGGACUGGGGGCUGGCGCUUGUGGAGGAGAUGACGGAAGUCUUCGAAGCAGACUUUGAUGCAGCGAACACGGCGCUUGAGCUUUCAAAGCUCAUGGAAGAUCUUGACAUCACUGUGACAACCGCAGAGGAUGCAGCGACAGAGGAAGGUGCAGCGGAACCAGAGGUGCCACAGCUUUGGACGCACCAACGCGAAGUUGUUCGCGGUAAUUUGGCUCGGCUGUCGCCAGAGAAAUGGCAUCAGCUGAAAUCAGAGACAGCUGGGCAGCUGAAAGGAGUGCCGAUGCGAACCACCAUGCCUUCCUCACAGCAUAGAGAGGCAGACUCUCUGGCGCUGGCAGUCCUGUACGCCUCGCUGAGUCAGGUGUCCUUGCCCUUGCGAAAAGAAUUCUUCGUGAGUUCGGAGACGUUAGCCAAGCGCUUGAAGGUCAUGUCUGAGGAAAUCUCAGAACUUCAAGGAAUGGCUCGUGCAAGAAGGGCACUUGCUGGGGUCUUCGGCAACGAUGACAAGUGAGGAACGGUUUCACACAUGCCGUUUCCGCGGAUCGCAGAUGUUUUACUGUAGGUAUUUGUGGGUAUUUGUAGGUGCUAGGCAAUUUUCGGCAGGUUUCUCUGCCAAGCUGGAAAAUUGCGAGGUGCUCGGCACUCCACC